AUGGCCAUGGAGGGAAACGGCAGAGAACCGGAGAACACGGAUGACGCCCCGAUUAGACCCGUGUCCUCGUUGCUCUCACAUUUUGAAAAUUUGUCUCACACCAAGUCACCAUCUACUGUACCGGCCAGCCCGCACGACUCCGCCAACCUCCUGCGCACCCCCGAGCCCGGCGAUGAAUCCCGGUCUUCUUCCGCUCGUGCCUCGCUUGACCUGCCCCGGUCAAGCUCUCCGUGGAAUCAAGCGGCGGAUACCAAUCGAGACAGCCGUCCUGAACAAAGCAAUGGUCAACGGAUACGGGCCAGUGGCUCCCCCAGGAGGGGGCAUGGCCGGCCCAUCUCGAUGAACGUCCAGAGCUCGUCGCCGCAACUCACACCGACACUGGCCAUUCACUCGCCGACAUCCCCACCCAGGAGUCCAGAGCGGGAGAAGGAGGAAAAUCGGUUCUCUCGAAGCUUCUCUCAUCGUCCCCGGGCGUCUUUGUCCACAGGCAUCUCUCCAGCACCUACGCGUCGGCCGACGACACCACAAUUGGGGUCUUCUGUUCCGGCGGGUACAACCAUGCACCGGCUUUCGCCAGGAGCAUCUACUGGCAGCGGAGAUGGUACACCAACGGACCGGAAAACGAAGAGUGUCUCGCUGCCACCGCCAGUCAACAGAAUAGACAAGCCAAAGAUUCCCGCGAAGCCAGCCAUGUUGUCCCACCCCGAGUCAGGGUCUCUGACUCCUCGUCCAGAAGGGGCAUUUUCUGAGGACCGAGUCUCUCCUUUCAGCACUCCUCCUAGCAGCCCGGAAAAGACACCACCGGCCAAACCUCUGCAGACUGGGAAAAUCUCCCCUAAUCCGCCGUCGCGCCCGAUGACAGAGCCCCCAGGCCGGCAGUCGCUUGACAGUCGGUCGCCAGCGCCGAGUGCAUAUGCCAGAUCGGACGCGAGAGAAAUGGGCUUUUCCCGGGCCCGUCCAGGCCUGGAACCCACGCGUGAUACCAAACCUUUGAUGAUCCAGAUUCCGCCGCCCCCAUCCGUAUUCCCAGACACCUCUUCGACCGCACCGCCAUUAUCAGCCCAAAAGCUUCGGGCAAGUAGUGAUAGCCCUCACGAUCGCCCAGGACUUCCACCCAGACCGAAUCAACGAAGCGGGAUCUCCGCCGUCCCAGAGUUAACGCCACAGGCUGUCAGUCCUGCACAGCGGUCACCUAUUCCCCGGCAUGCGCCUUCGAUUGCGCAUACACACGAAGGCCAUUCUACGCCGCGAAUUCGACGACAGCAAUCUCUACCACGAGAGUCGCGUCUUAUUCCCCAAGAGAGGCGCCCGGUGCGGACCGAUACCGAGGAAGAAGAGCAGGUGAUGGACGAUCCGCCCAUUUCGCGAACCGACUACCCUGAUUCAUCACAAGCAAACCGCCGACCUCCGCUCCUCAAAGUGGGCCCAAAAGGGAUCCUCACGGGGUACGACACCCGAUUGCUCCGGGUAUGUGGCACGUACGUCUGCACGACGGGCUACUUGACGCGCGUGUGGGAUCUCACGACUGGCGAACAAAUAAUGAGUAUCAGCCAUGGCGAGACCGUCAAAAGUUUGUCUCUGGCAUUCAAGCCGGGUGUAGGGCUGGAAGACGAAGGCCAACGGAUCUGGAUUGGGACCAGUGCCGGUGAUCUGCAGGAGAUUGAUAUCCCAUCACAGUCCAUCGUGACCACUCGAGCCUAUCCAUCGCGGCGGGAGGUCAUCCAGAUCUUGCGCCACAAGAAGGAGAUGUGGACGUUGGAUGACGAAGGGCGGCUGCUUGUUUGGCUUCCGGACGAAUCUGGGGUCCCCAGUCUACAGUAUAGCUACCACAGCCCUCACGAGCGUGUAGCCCGCGGGCAUACCUUCUCCAUGGUGGUGGAAGAUAAGCUCUGGCUGGCAGCAGGCAAGGACGUGCACGUUUACCGUCCCAACGCUCGCGAGGAUGCCGCGUUUAGGGUCUUUAAGCGGCCACUUGGUCUGCAGAAUUCGGGUGAAGUCACAUCCGGCACUUACACCACCAAGGACGGUGGCAAGGUAUAUUUGGGCCACGCGGACGGAAAAGUGACGGUCUAUUCCGCGACGGACUAUACGUGUCUGGCCGUGGUCAAUGUCAGCGUAUACAAGAUCAAUUGCCUCAGCUAUGUGGGGGAUUAUUUGUGGGCCGGCUAUAAGACUGGCAUGAUCUACGUGUACGAUGUCAGUACUAACCCGUGGACCGUGAAGAAGGAUUGGCGCGCCCAUGAUAGCCCCGUAUGUGGCUUCGUAUUGGAUACGAGCAGCGUGUGGACGAUGAAUCGCUUGCAAGUGACCUCUCUCGGAACAGACAAUUGCAUCCGUCUUUGGGAUGGAAUGUUGGAGGAUGACUGGCUAGAUGCUCGAAUGCAGAGCAAAGAUGUGGACUUCUGCACUUUCCGAGAAGUCCGCGCUGUCAUUGUGACCUGGAACGCAGGCGCGUCGACCCCCGGCAGCGUUCGCACUUCGGAUUUCGUUCGGGAUGCCGUUCAUCCGGAGGAUCCGCCGGAGAUUAUUGUGUUUGGAUUCCAGGAGCUGGUCGACCUUGAGAACAAGAAGAUCACAGCCAAGAGCCUGUUGCUCGGAAGCAAGAAAAAGGAGCACGGCAAAGAGGAACAUAUGAGUCGCCAGUACCGGGUGUGGAUUGACCAUCUGACUCGGUGUCUCCAUGAAUGCAUGCCUCUAGAAGAGUCUUACGUGCUGCUGCACUCGGCGAACAUGAUCGGAUUGUUUACUUGUGUUUUCGUCAAGCACAAGGAGCGUCACAACGUCAAGAACAUCAGCGCCUCGGAAAUCAAGCGAGGGAUGGGCGGAUUGCAUGGGAACAAGGGCGCUCUCGUUCUUCGGUUUGUUCUGGACGACAGCUCAUUGUGCUUUGUAAACUGCCAUUUGGCGGCAGGGCAGACGCAGACGGCUCACCGCAAUAAUGACAUCGCCGCAAUUCUCGAGGCGGAGUCACUGCCUCCGGAGAACAGCCUCACGGCACGACUAGAUCAGUACGCCAGCGGCGGAGAUGGAUCAAUGAUCAUGGACCACGAGGUGUGCAUUAUCAACGGCGACCUGAACUAUCGGAUCGAUGCGAUCCCUCGCAAUACAAUCAUCGAUGCCAUCCGGCAAAACAACCUGCCUAAACUGCUCGAACGCGACCAGCUACUGGCAUCUCGACGCAAGAACCCCGGCUUCCGGCUACGCAGCUUCACCGAAGCACCCAUCACAUUUGCACCAACCUACAAGUACGACGUCGGCACGGAUGACUACGACUCGAGCGAGAAGAAACGGUCUCCUGCGUGGUGUGACCGGGUUCUGUAUCGGGGUUCUGGCCGGGUCAAACAGCUUGAGUACCGUCGGCACGAGGUGCGGGCCUCGGAUCACCGGCCUGUGAGCGCGAGCUUCGCAGUCCGGGUCAAGACCGUCCUACCGCAAGAGCGAGCGGCCGCGUGGGAGCUGUGCCAGCAUGAGUUCCAGGACGAAAAGCGACGGCUUGCAUCCGAUGCCAGCAUCGAGUAUCUCAUUACUGUACUCGGCACCGAUCCCCGACAAGCCCGUGCGCUGAUUCUGGGGAAGGGUCAGAAGUAG